CUGGAAAAGAGCGGCUUAGCACCAGUUUUUUCUCUCUCUCACAAGACUGAUCAGCAAUCUGAGUUCAUGAUGCAGCUUUAUGGAGCUCUGAUCCUGUGUGUGACUCUGUCUGCAGCGUGCGCUUUAAAGUGCUACACAUGCACAGCUGCUGAUCCUAAAUCCUGCACAGACACCACAACUUGUCCCGUCAUCUUUAACCGAUGCUUUUCUCUCAAAGUAGACGGUUUUGACUUGGUUACAAAGGGCUGUCAAACCAGUGUAUUGUGUGUCGGUGCUGUGUCUUGCUGUGAAGGGGACCUGUGUAAUGGCACUAUUCCAACUGGUCCCAGUGCCAUCCUGCUGCUGGUGUCCUCAGCCAUCCUCAAACUUCUUUUCUGAGGCUGUGGAAUGAUGUUGUUUCCAGUCUGAUUUAAUUUUUUUAAAACUAAGGCGGAAAUAAAUAACUUUCAAGUGCCAUGAUAUGAAAUGAAAUUGUCCUUGACACUUUGAUCUGUCAUUCAAAGUAGUCUGUUCUGUUCAAAUAAUGUAUUUCUUCAAUGUAAACUUUUCCU